GCAACACAGGAUCCGCCACUGUGGCGCGCUAGCUGCUAACUUAUCUGAUAUCUCAGUCUGGUGCAAGAGCACUAUUAUUUCUGAUCUGGAUUCUGGUGGCACUAGGCACGUGGCCGCUCUAAUAUCAUUACAUUAAUAAAUAGUGCAAAAAAAUGGACUGAGGUGAAGUGUUGUGCAGUUUACUUGUAAUUACUAGUUUGCUAACAAGUGAAUGUUACCAGAUUAUUAAACAGUGGACAUAUAUUAUAUAGAAUAAUGCACCAAAAACGAAAAAAAGCAUUCUACGUGCUGAAGUUUCUAGAAAGACCAUACGCUUUUUUGGAUGAAUUUAUUUAUAUACCCGCAAGUGACGUUAUUAUAAUCAAUGAAAAAGAUUACACUGUGUUCACAUAUCCCAUAGAUCCAUGCAUGAAGAAUAGAAUUUUUUAUGAUAAAUGGCCUUAUUUCUUGGGUAAAGUUAAACGUACGGCAGAUACAGCACAAACGGCAAGAGAUAUUUGUAGAAACUUGAACUCUCGGAAACCAGAUGAUGAAGAUAGAGAUUUAAACGGUCCCGAAGAUAAUCCAGCUGAUUUAGAAAAAAAUGGAAAAAAGCGGAAGGCUAAAACAGAACGUACGAAAAAUGAAAAAAAAACUAAACUUACAGAAUCGCGAAAGUCUAAGGAUACAGAGAGAGCUUUAGACGAUAAUGAUAUGUUAACGCCAGAAUUUAUGCAAAAUUUAACGAAAGAAUUGGAAUCCUAUGAAAAACAACAGGAAGAACUGGACGAAGCUGAAAAAGUAAUUCAUCAGAAAUCUUGUUUGCUUAAAGAAUUUAUAGACAAAUUGAAAUCUUACAACGAUGAAGAGAAUGCCGUCGAUGAUAAAUACCAGAAGCUCAUCGAAAUAAUCAAGAAGAAAGAAAAACAAAUCAUCGAACUUAAAUUGCAACUGAAAGGGCAAAAGGGGACAAAGGUUGCAAAUGCCGAAAAAAAUUCUGAUACUCGAUGGACUUUGAGAUAUCCUGAAGAAGCUGAUGAUUUAUUCGGGUUACUAGAUGACAGUAGUGUGUAUGUUAAUGGUGUAGCAAGUUGCUACAUUAUAAGGGCGGCAAAAACAAGGACUGACCUCGCUCGCAUGCUUUUACACGAAAUAUUCACAGAAAAAGCUUUAAAGACAUGCGAUUUUUACUCACUGGAUGAACACGCCAUAAACACUUUGGUAGAAGUUGUUGGAUACAUCGACCGAGCCAGUGGCGGUGACUUUGACUAUGUUUCAAAAGAAAACAUUAUAAGAUCCAUCAAAAACCGGCUUUAUUAUUUAAAUAAAAUACAACCAUAAGUGUAUAGCCAGCCUAGGUGUUUGUAUUGUUGACACGUUUAUCUGAUAAGUUUUUAAUGCAAUUGGAUGAUAGAUCUUUAUAGAUAGAUAGAUAGAUCCUUUGUAACCUAACAAUCUAAGAUUUAACAAAGGUUGUCCAAUGGUCUACCCAUUAUUUGUCAUAUGGUCUACCCUUCAACUGCAUUUUGAUUAGUUUUUUAUUGUAUUUACAUAUUUUUUAGGUUACUUGUAUUUAAUGUGCCAUUUUAUUGUCGAAUCGUUAUAAAUUAUUGCGUAUAUACGCCACAAAUCUAGGUUCGAAUAUCUGAAGCGUUUAUAUAUGUUAAAAUAAUAAGUGUUAAAAAUAUUUUUAACUUUCAAUAAAAAUUGUUGAAAGAAUUCUAAAUUGUAAGAAUUAUAUUUAAAAAUAAGUGAAAUGUUUUAAAAGCAUAUACAUAUUAUGAAAUAUCAUGAUUUUCCAAUAAUACAAGACUAAAAGGUUUGUUUUAAAUACAAUUAAGAAAAUAUAUUAUAAUAGCUGUUUACCUAAUAUUAAUUAUCUCAAUAACGUUAUGAACUUAGAUUUGAAUGUACUACCUCAGUUUAAUACAUACUAUAUUUUUUCAUGUAUAGAAGAUAAUCAUAUUUUUCAGAAACAUACAAAUGAAAGUGUUAUUGUACGUUUUUUUUAAAUAAUCCGGCCGCAUCGCAUCCACUUAAAAUGUGUGUCUAUGGGCUGCGAUGACUGCUCUUUUUGGACGUCUUAUGGGCUGUUUUGGCCCCUUAUUAUAUAAAAAUUCAAUAAAAAUCAA